AUAAUCUAUGGGGCCUACUUCAGACCGCUCCUGGUGUACGUCAAUGAAGUUGUCAACUCACGACCCUCGAAAGACGUUACCCUCAUUGAGCGUGUCCAGCGGGCCGCUACGAGAAUGGUUGCCGGCCUCAAAUCCGCGAACUACGAAACGCGUCUCGAGAUGCUUGAUUUCUUUCCCCUGGAGUACCGUCGCCUCCGAGGGGACCUAAUUCUUACUUACGCCCUGUUUGACCCUGCAAACACCCGGCGAGGACAUAACGGUUACUACACGAUAGGAUUCGCUGACGAGAAGGCUUCGUAUGCUGAUUUGGUGACGGAAUACGACAGGAAAGUGGAAGAAUUUUUGAAGUCUGAAAUACUUGCUGUUCACCCCGACCACAAGAUUAUUGCUGAGGAAGGUUACUCGGGUUCUGCCGUCCUAACUCAAGAACCGACGUGGAUCAUCGACCCAAUCGAUGGCACCUCUAAUUUCGUUAGCAGAUUGCGAACUAUGGGAUCUGCUGCGCUCCAUAUCUGUCAGGUGGCCGGAGGUACUGGGGACGGAUUCUAUGAAUUCGGCAUACACUGUUGGGACUAUGCCGCCGGUCUUCUCAUCGUCCGUGAAGCCGGUGGUUUUUGCUGUAACUAUGAUGGUAUGUCCAUGUAUUUUCUCGAUGCAAACAAUUCUUUGGGACUG